AUGGCAUACAGUAUGUCUCUCCAAGACGACACUUCAUACCUCUCGUCCCCUGACACUCCCUCCACCGUCUUCCCCGAGCGACUGAUUCGUCCACUUCCCAAACGGUCCAUCAAGUCUCGGUUGUCCCAAGAGGCCGCUGAGGCCAUCACAUAUCCUCCUUCGCUGCCCUCGACCAGCUUACCAGCCUACACCCACUAUGGGGAGAAUGGCGAAUAUCCAAACGACAGCAAAGUUUUAGUCCACCAACACAGUGACGGAUACGAUCAAGAUCACGACCACGACCAUGACGACGAUCAUGAGUGUCCUCACCACCACCAUCAUUGCCACCAUGAUGAAUACGAAGAUGACCUAGACUCUCAAGACGAACGCAUGGUUCCUGUCCGUCACUACUUUGUGUCUUCUCCUCGUUCUCCCCGUUCUGCGCGCCACAGAUACUCUUCCAAGGGCACCGUUUCUGGGUCGGACGGAUAUGAAGCAUUUGAAAACACCAAUAACAAGAAAAAGCGAAAAAUCCCCACCUCUGGCAGUUUGAGUCUUCAUCAUUCAUCCGUGACGGACCAGUUAGCGCACAUGGGCAUCAGCGGAACCAGAGAUGGCUCAGCGGACGAUUCUUAUUCCACAAUUGCUCACACUGGAAGCCCUACAGGCCUUGGUGUCCAAGGAGCUGGGAGAGGGCGUAGCACGAGAAAGCUACCGGGUCGAAACCCCCUUGGUAUAUCGGUUAAUGGGUCCAACGCUCGAAGCAGUACAUCCAAAUAUGAUCAGAAUAUGUCUGCUAACGCCAAAGCCGAAGAAUCUAAAGACCAGGGUAUCAUAUCUGCCGCCAUUGCCAAUGCCACUGCACUGCUUCGGAAGCCACUCGGUAAAGGCCAAGAGAAUGUGGGUGUCCUAGAUCAGCAAGUCAAACAAGCCCAUACCAGUUCGCAGUUUACCUUUACAUGCGAGAGCGAGGCCAAAGGAGUGACCUUCCCCGAGCAGAGCUUAUACUCGCCGGGUUACACCCAGCGGAACAAUUUGGCUCCGCCGCCUCAGGGCACCACACACCAGAAAGUAUCAACCCAAGCGACCCAGACCAGCCCGGGUGUAGCCCAACCAAACACUCAACCUGCACCCGCGGCCCCCGCCGCCGCAAACACGAAUGCCCAAGGCAAGAAGCCUCGCCGAAGGAGAGGAGACGUCUAUGCGUUGGCUGCCCGACAAAGAAGACUUCAACAAGAAUACAACAAUCUGCAGCAUCCGCCAGCGCCAGAGGACAUCUGGAUCUGCGAAUUCUGCGAGUACGAGAGUAUCUUCGGGCAACCUCCCCAUGCGUUGAUUCGUCAAUACGAGAUCAAGGACCGCAAGGAACGGCGCCGACUGGCGGAGAAGAGGCGGUUGUUGGAGAAAGCCAAACUCAAGGGCAGGAAGGGGAAGAAACAGACCAAAGGGACGCCCAAAGCCUCGAACUACAGUGGCCCAAUCCUGCCUCCACAGGCAUAUGAGAAUCAGCCACUGGACCAGCUUGGCGACGACGAUUUAGACUACGGCUACGAUGACCCAGUCCCAAUGCCGGCGCCGCCAGCAGCCAAUGCUCCGAGCAAGACUGCUACUGGGCCAACGAGUGCGACCACAGACAAGGCUGGAGGGACAAAUGGAGGCGGAGGGACACGAUGA